UGCGAACCGUGGGCGGCUGGAGGGGAGUGUGCAAACUUAACCACUACGCCACUGGGCCAGCCCCAACCGCCUGCCUUUUCUUGGCCCUGUUGUCUUCAGACAAGGCCGAGGGUAACCAGUGCUUCCUGCUGCGGCCGAGGCUGGAGAGCAGGAAGGGGCGGGGGCUGCUCCUGACUGCCUGACUCGGACCCUCGGAUUCUCAGUCCCCCGACUCCAGCACGAGGGUAAAGAGUCCAGCCCCUUUGUCAGGUGGCUGGGGCCGGGGACAUGUCCACAAGGCCGUCUGUAUUGCCAUGUGGGUGGUGGCCCCGUGGGGUGGUUUUCCAGCCCUGAGCACCCCACAGGCAAAGGUGACAGGCAGACAACUGCAGGGCGGCCGCAGCCUCACCGAGCACCUGCUCCCCUCGCUGCCCGCUCACUCUCAGUGGAGGUAAACCUGGGUCAGGCCAGACCAGAGGCUGGGGGCUCGGCUGGGCCAUCUCGGCUCCUCCUGCGGGUCUCCCCAUGGGCGCUUGGACACGGUGCGGAGUCACUGGCACAGCGGCGGGACAGGAGGCAGGGAGGGGAGCUCCUGGCACCACCUGCAGGCAAACGUCUGCCCCGGUGCUGGGCCCACUGUCCCCCUUGGCCGGUGCCUGGAGAACAUUGCAGAGCACUCUGCCCAGCUGUACCCUGGCUCAGCUGCACAGACCCCCAUGCCCAGAACAGACCCAGGAGCGCUCUGUGAUCACACACAGGACAAGCAGAGGGAUGCAUCAGCACCCUGAGGUGUGAACAAGUGGCCCCGCCUAGAUCAGAGUGGAUCUCACAGGAACGUGUGAGCCCACAACGCAGCCCCUCCAACCUCACACUCCACCACAAGGAUGUGGUGUGGGUGACAGCACGGGACGUUCCCCUCUCUGGCCUGGGAGCUCACCUGAGGAGAAACCACCUGGGAGUGAGUGGCUGAGGAGUGACGAGCGCUACUGUCCUCCACACUGAGCGCCAUGGGAAGAGCUGGAGCAAUGACCAUGACAACCUUCCCCCCAGCCCUUGCCAAGCCCCACACUGGGCUAACAGCUCAUCUCCAUGACUUACCACCACAGCCAGCCCAGUUCUGAAACAUUCGCUCCUCUGUCCGUCUUUUCCCAAAUGGACGUCAGAUACCGAGCCCUGCACUGGGUUGUGGUGGCAGGAAGACCGAGCUUCCCUUCUGAGGAACAAACCAGCUGGUUGGGGGCCCUGAGGGCUGGAGAGUGGGGCUUGCCCAGGUUGGGCCCCGUGCCCCUUCCACGCCCUCAUGGGAAGCAGAGGUCCCCUGCCUGGCUCAGCCUCUGGGCGCGGACGCCCCUCGAAACGCUCCAGAGCCAGUGAACUGUGGCACUAACGCAGCCUCUCACCCUCCUAGAGCAGAAGGCUGUCGCUGGCUUCAUGGGCGUCUGACUUCCCGGGCCCAGGGCAGUGGUGCCGGCUGGGCAGCCGCUGUGUGAGGCGUGGACAACCACUCACCCAACAGCCUCUCUGGAGAGCCAGGCAAACCCAACAAAGGCAGGACCAUUAGGUCUUAAGGGUGAGCAUCGAUCGAUGCCUCCUCCGAGGGACUCGAGGGUCUAUGCUGGACCAGUUAAUGAUGCUGCCCAUUCUCCUGUGAAUGAGGCAGGUCUCUAGGAAAAGGGCGCCUGUCUGCCCCUCAUCAGACCACAUCCUGUUUGUGUUGGGUCUUUUAUCAAUGUAGUCAGCACUGUCCCCUCCUUCACCACCAGCGUCCCCAAUGGGAUCCCAGGGUCAGGAAUGCACAGCAAUCAAGUCCCCACACAGCGGCAAGUCCUUCCCAGGGGCCUAUAUAAAGCAGGGAGAACCCGGGAGGCACAGUUCCUGGACAAGAACCCAGAGGAGCCCUGUCCAGUCGGCCCUGGUGUCCAGCAGCCCUCCUGGGGAGCAGGCCCUCAGCAUGGUGAGUACAGCCGCUCCAUCCCCACAGGAACCCCACUCGGGCGCUCCCGCUCCAGGUGAGGAGCUGGGCACGGGCAGCCCGAACCACAGGGAGCCACGGGACUGGGAAGGCCUGGAGAGUGGAGCCCAGCACUCAGGCUGUGGCCCAGAGCGGUGCAGAGACUGGCCACAGCAGCCCCCAGAGCUCAGCCUCCGGCCUUCCGUCCAGGGCUUUUCCCACCAUGUCUCCGACAUUGGGACCUGAAGCUCUGACUUGUCCUGGGGCCCAAUUUUUGGUGGCAAGUGUCCCAAGCUUCCACUAGGCUCUCAAAGAGAUCCAUGUCUCCCUGAAAGGGGACAGGCCACUUUGUUCUGUGUAUCGAGAUGCCCCCUUUCUUGAGACCCAGAGGCCAGUCCCCAGUGGAUUCAUCCACCAGGUGGAAUCCGCUGGGGUCCAAACAGCUGUCAGCUGUGCUUUCUAUGGGGAGACGGCCCCCCUCUGCCCAGGCCCUGAUGGAGAGGCUGCCCCCCAGCAGGCAAGAGGUCGCUCUGGCCCCAGGAGAUGCGGGAAGCUUAGGAGGGCUAGAUUUGCGUAGAGGAGGGCUGCUUUUAUCGUUUUUUAAAGCUUUCUGGCCGAGUUCACUUUGAAAUGUCUUCAAGGGAGCCGUUUCUGGACAGAGCUCUGGGGAGUCCUGUGCUCUCUUCUCCAGGACCGGCUCUCUUCAUUCCAGCCUCAGAGGCCCUCAGAGGCUCCUCAGAGGCCCAGCCGGCUCCCGCUCGGCCAUCACCAAAAAGGCCUCCUUGGUGAGGGAAGGAGCAGUGAUGGCCGAGGCAGGGACAUUUGGGGAGGCUCUCCUUCUAGUUCAGCCCCCUGUGGGCCACGAUCUGUGGGAUGGAGCAGCAGUUCCUGAGUCGGGCCCAAGCAGACCUGGGCUGCUCAGAAAGCGGUGAGGUGUUGGGCCAGUCGCCUGUCUGGACCUGCCGCCUCCUCUGUAGGGAGCCAAGACAGUACCCUCCUGCUGUGGGCUCGUAAGGAUGGCAUCAGACAGGGGCAGGAAGCAGUGCCCACAGGCCCAGCAUGCCAAGCAGCCUUCUGGCCAUUGAAUCAUGAAUCCUGAGGCCUCCACUUUCUAGCUGUGUGGCCUGGGCACAGUCUCUUAGGCUUCUGGCAGUUUUCUUGCCUGAAAAAAUGGGAAUAACAACUCCUAAAAAUUAGGUUUAUUGUGAAAAUGAAGUGGAGCCGUGCACACAGACGGUGCUCAAUAGGGACCACUGACACCCUGGCCACGUUCACAUGCUCCUCUCCAGGUGGGCGUCUGAGUUAGGGCAGGAACAUCAAAUCCGUUUCUUGCUUUCAGGAGCAACUCGCUUCCACGUUAGACACAUUAGCGGUGUCCCCGAUAAAUGGCUUAGCCAGACCCGCUUAUUAUCAAGUUGAAAACUCAGUGGGAUUGAGGCUACUAAGUUUCUCCCCGAUGGCUCUGAGAUGAUGCGGCUCCAGAGUCAAUAAUUAUAACACCAGAAGAAUGAGCCCAAAUUUGCUCUGCUCUCCUGGGGCUGCCGGGGCACUGCUGUAAGCCAUCCCAGCACGGUGUGUUAGAGCGUUAAGCUGCCGAGGCGGUCAAAUCCAGGGGAUUGCUGGAGAGCAAGAACCAGGCUAAUUGGUGCAAUCCGCUCCUGAGCCUGCUCAGAACACAAAGGCCUGGUCCCCCAACAUACUGACACUUCCUCACGCCGCUCGCAAGCUGGGCUCGGCUGGGCCACAGCCUCAACCUAUGACGGCUGCCCGGGCCCCGGGAAGCACUGUCGACAAGUGCUAUGCAUGGCCCAUGUGUCAGCUCUAACUUCUCCCUCUUUCCUCUGGACCAGAUGAUAGGCCCAUACUCCCUGUCCUACCUCCUCCUCCUGCCGCUGGGCACCUGCUUUCCUCGACUGGACAGAGAAGGGCCUGUGGACGCCAGGGGUGGCAUCGGGCGCAAAAUGAGCUGGGCCGACCUGGCCGGAGGACCCCGAGUCCACUCCCUGUGGGGCUCCUCUCCGUGGCCGAGAGCUCCACAGUCACCUGCCCUGCUCGUCACGGCCAAGGAGCUGCAGGCGGCGGGCAGGGAGCGCGCUGGCUUCAGGUUCCGGUUCGGGAGGCAGGACGACGGCAGUGAGGCCACUGGCUUCCUCCUGGCUGAUGGCGAGAAGGAGAGUGGCCCCUUAGAGACCCUGGCUGAGGAGCUCAACGGCUACAGCAGGAAGAAAGGCGGCUUCAGCUUCCGCUUCGGCAGGGGCCGGUGGUGAGGGGGCCGGGGCAGCCUGGAAAGAAAGGGCUUCUCCAGGACCCUCCCCAUUUCCCCUCCUGUCUCCUCUUCAAGACUUAAGGAUCUAGCCCCUGAGAAGACGCGGGUACGAGGGUGACGAGUCACAGCAGUAGCAUUGGUUAGGUGUGUGCUGACUUUUGAUUUCCAACUUUGCUGAAGCAAAAGCCUGGAUGGUGUCAAAAAUGAAGUGACAAAAGCAAGCCCUAUCUCGGUGAAGAAGCAGGCCGCCGUUGCUGCAGUUCAUGGAGGACAGAGUGUCCGCUUCAGGCCCUCCCCUGGCGGGCUGGUUCUGAGCAGUCCCCUGGCCCCGGUGGCCAUGAAUAUGAAUAGGCAGAGCUGGCGUGUGGGCUCUGUGCUGAAGGCAGGCAGGCAGACUGAUUACAGUGGGUAAUCAAAGUCGUGACAUUCUCCGCAGGGACGUCUGCAGCUGACACCCAGAGCGCAACUGUGAGUACAUCCACUCGGCACAGAGUAUGGCUCUGAAAGCUAAAAAUCGAAAAAGAUCUUGUUCUGCAUCCUAUUAACACAAGAUCCCUCUGGCAAGAAAGCCCUGCUGGGGCAUCUCGAUGCCACGUGGAACCGGCUGCCCGUGUCCUUCUGGUGAUGGUCCUUCUCCAUGGUGCAGGCUUUGCCAAGCCGAGUCUCGUGGGAGAGGAACGGGGAGGUGUGUUUUUGCUAUCGCAAGGUUGCAUUUCAAAUGUUCAAAAUAUGAGUAUGUUGUAUGUACCUUUUGAAAUAAAAGUUGUCACCACUGCAACACCGUAAUGGACAGCCCGCCUGACUCUUGCCUGUGGGUCCUCUGUGCCCUGGGAACUUGGUUUUCUGAGCUGCAAGUGCCUCAACUUUGGGGAGAUGGAAAUUGUGUUGCAAGGACCCACACACUCUCCCAGCAUCCCCUUAAUUGGCAGUUGGUGAAACACCCCUAGUCAAAGGUAUAGGAAAACACAGUAUGAGGGGCAGUCGCUCCUGCACUGGACUGCUCUUCCCUGAUUUUCUCAGAGCAAGGAGCACUGUGAAAACAACUUCUCUACCCCAGGGGAAGCCAGCGCUCAGCCUGGAGUGGCUGCAGGCCUGGGGCGAGGCAGAGCAUCUCUUUCAAACACUGCUUUGGUGUGUCCUGCAUCCCAUCCUGUGUCAGAUACGGCAGGCUGAUGCUGCUGGCUCCCAGGCUGGCUUCGACUGCUGAGAUGAGAACCUAUAUUGAUGUUACUAUGGCAACAUCUCCCCUCCUCCUUUCGAGCUGUUGCUUGCUCCUGUUCACAAUUGAAUAAUUUUCCAUUGAGCUGUCACAAUUAAUUGGUGGAUUUUUAUUAGCCUUUUAGAACCACACUGGGCUGGGCCCAGCUUGGCACCUCGGAGCAUUUCACAGUGUUUUCCCUUCUAUUAGUGACUUACAUUCCCCAGCAGCAGCUCUCAAUCCUCGGCAGCCAGAAAGCCACUUCAUUAAGGGGUGACAGAUCUGAGCCAGAAAAGAGCUAGGCUGACUGGGGAGCAGAAAUGGGGUGGUAAGACGGGACAGGAACACAGGAGUCAGACCACCGCCUUGUGUUAAAGCGAGCUGCCUUGUCCUGGAGCUCCUAACUUCUUCCCCCUCACCUUGGCUCACGUGUCCCGGGGCUCAGGGCUGUGCUAGGGGCCUGACAGUGGUGCCAGUCUGGGAGGCACAUCGUGCUCUCCUUGGCCUCUACCCCUGUCCAAGGAAGUGAUGAUCCAGGAUGCCUCCCGCUACUGCAACAGUCUGAUCCCAGGUCUUCAUUUGUCGGUAAAAGAGGCAAAGCUCGGCCCUCAGGCCACACUGAGCAAACCGCAAAAUGAUGAGCCCGCGUGUCCACACAGGACAGCCCGCCUGGUGCUGAGAACGCGGGUCACAGGCUGGCUGGACCCAGGAAGUGGGCUCCCAGCCCAGGCUCUCAGCCCAGUGUGCACGCACUUCCACUUUGUCAGGGGGCAGCACGUGGGUCGCCCUCUCUUAGCUCGUUCAGACGGCAAAGCAGCCAGAGGACAUGCUCAUGAAAGACCAGGUAAAACAGAACAGACCACAGGCCGAGGGCGAGGGGCGCCCUGCGGCAAGGUCCCCCGGCCGACCCUCACCUGCCAGUUUCCACUCUCGGAAUGAAAGGAGCCGCCCGUGGUCAUUAACUGCGAGAACUCGGAGGUCACCAGGCUGAGACAGCCCAGCAUGUGAUCACACAUGCUUCGGGUGCACACUGGCUGGUUUCUCAUUUAGCAGGAUUAGAUUAACCUUGAUGGAGAAAGCUGAGAUAAAGGGGGGGGGAGGGCCUUCAAAGCAGUGGACACCCCAUCAUUAGGCUUUCAUCAUUAAACAAAAAUCAACAACAAAGCUGUUCUCUCCAGUUGCUUGUACAUUCGAGCUCAAUAACCCUGAAAAUCAGAACAAUCAACCUGCAAAGGGCAUUGAUCUGUUAAAUCCCCUCCCACUAUAUUUGCUAAAUCUCCUC